AUGGGCGAUGAGUCCGAAGAUUUUAACGAGAAAAUCGUUAAAAUUGGCGGGAGCGCGCUUCUGGGAACCUCCGUGCUGACUGGGUUGUUUGUCGCGAUCGGCAAGAGCCAGAUUGCUCAGCGGGCGGCGAAGAAGGGAGAGGAUAACUUGGACUUCGCCAAAAUGAAUGAAGCCAGUAAGUGGGCCAUGAAAGCGCUAAGAAGAGCGACAAUGUAUAAUAUCAUCGUCUUUGGUGGAGCGAUUUCUGCCUUUUGCUACUCCUACGACGUCCGAUCAUUCGCCGAUUUCAAGAAAACUGUCCAAGGAAUCAAAGGAGUUCAAAUUUCGAAAGAAGGAGCAAAGCCAACUACUUGGAAUGAUAUUUUUCCCGAAGAUUCAAACAGCAAAAACUCCAAUUAA